AUGUAUUCGCCACCCUUCAUUUUAUUUCACCAUAGGCUUAUACAUUCAAAGGUAUAUGCUUUACUUGGUGAAAAAACUGCAGCAGAUAAUGAGAAGGCUGUAAAACAGAAGAAAGAGAAGCCUGUUAAAGUAGAGUGGACCGAAGGUAUUCAGAGAUUAAAUGUGGAAACUUUUGAUUGGGAAAUCUGGAUUAAGAGGGAUCUUGAACUGCAUUACAUGCCAACAAAUGAUCUAAGUGGUUGGAAGAACCAUCACAGACAUGGAUGUUGCAAAACAGCUUUGACGCGAAGAGACUUGGAGUCAACAACUAAUUACAUGAAGAAUUUUGAAGUGGCUUCAAGCCAAGGAAAAAGGUUUUGUGACAUGCUAUUACCACCGCUGCCAACUCAACAAUUUGCUUACCUUUACAACAUUGUACUUUGGAAGACCUCCAACGAAUUGUAG